CCCAAACCAAAAGAACUGUCCGCUCUGCUACUGUAGCCAGUCGCACACUUUUCAAACCUGUCUCUGCUUCUCCGCGAGCAACGCACCCACCUGACAAACCUGCCGCCUGCAAAUCUCAAGGAGACCCCACUCAGAGUGUGCAUUGGAAACAGAAGAUUAUCAGACAGCUCGGGGCAAAGAGGAUAAUAAUAAUAAUAAUAAUAAUAAUAAUAAUAAUAAUAAUUCAUAAACGUUUCAACAUCGAAGUAUAUUAUUAUUAGUAUUAUUAGUAAUAAUAAUAACAAUAAUACUCAUUAUUAUUAUUUUUCUUAUUUCACAUUAAUACCUCCUGAAGCAGUGACUUGAGCAAAAAUGGAAUUCGUGGUCUAUCUGUUUGUUUUGCUUCUCGGAGCGGUGGGGGUGCUGACUGCCCAGGAGCCCUGUGAUUCUCAGCAGUACACUGCCAGCGGGCAGUGCUGUGAGAUGUGCCAGCCUGGGGAGGGCAUGGUGAAGAAAUGUGGGGCGAAGCAGACCGUGUGCGCCCCCUGCAUAGACAGUGAGACCUUCUCGGAGAACUACAGCUCCACAGAGACCUGUCGGCCUUGCACUCAGUGUAAAGGCCUCCUGCGCAUGAAAGCACCAUGCACUGAAAGCGCUGACGCAAUCUGUGUGUGUGACUACAACUACUACAUGGACAAAGUGACCGGGGACUGCCAGGCCUGUACACUGUGCCCACUCGGACAUGGGGUCUGGAGGGAGUGCGCUGAGGACAUGGACACUGUGUGUGAGCCCUGCCCAGAGGGGACCUACUCCGACCAGGAGAGCAGCGUGGACCCCUGCCUGCCCUGCACCAUCUGUGAGGACGAGGAGUACGAGAUGGAGAGCUGCACACUGACCUCCGAUUCCCUCUGCAAAGAACUGAACCCCAGGUUUUUCACCCCCACCCCCACGAUGGACAUGACAGACAACACCUUGGGAGGAGGGAUCCCCAAAAUCACUCCCCCCACGGACACCGUGACCACCACAAACCCCAGCUCCACCCGCAUGGGCGGCGUUGGAAUGGACCAGAACCUCAUCCCCAUCUACUGCUCCAUCCUAGCAGCCGUGGUGCUGGGACUCAUAGCCUUCAUCGUGUUUAAGAAGUGGAACAGCUGCAAGCAGAAUAAACAGGGAGCCAAUAACAGGACAGUGAACCAGACCCCGUCUCCGGAGGGAGAGAAACUGCAUAGCGACAGCGGAAUCUCCGUUGACAGCCAGAGUCUGCAGGAACAGCAACAGCUGCAGCAGCAGCAGAGCCUGUCCCAGCCACCAGUGGUGAAGGUAGAUGGCAACCUCUUUACCAUCCUGCCCCCUCACAAGCAAGAAGAAGUGGAGACGCUGCUUGCAGAGAAGAGCGCUGAAGAGGAUAUGGACUGGUGCAGCCUGGCUGGGCUACUGGGCUACCAGGAAGAGCACAUAGACACCUUCCGUCAAGAGGAGCACCCGGUGAAGGCUCUGCUGUCUGACUGGGGCUCCAAGGACUGUGCCACGCUGGAUGCCCUGUGCACCGCCCUGCGCAAGAUAAAGAGAGAUGACAUCGCCGAGAGCCUGAGUCCCGAGCCCACAGCGACCUCUGCAGUCUGAGGCUGGGACUGCGCUCCCCAGGACACACGGAGGAAGGAAGACCAGAAAGGGAGUGGGUGCUGUCUGAAGAAUUUCAGAAUUUCAGUUCAGACUUUUUUUUCCCCCCCGUAGUGAGGGAUCCAAAAAAAAGAAAGGAUUGACGGGUUAAAAGAAGAACUUGUGAAGGAUUUACAGAAUGAAUAUAGCCGGCCAACCCCCACUAACACUUUAAGACUUUACCCAUGUGCACUGAGGCAUCUAUUUUCAGUAUUGUCCCACCUCCCCUUCCCCUCCUCCCCCCCCCCCCCUCCCCUCCCACAUUUCUAGCCCCUCCUCCCUACGCACACUCGUUAUCAUUACAUUAUGUAUGGACUGAGUGUGCAAUGCAAACACAGUCAGAAGAAGAGGUACUUCCCAAACACUUACACUGUGACUGCAUCCAACAUCGAGUUGUGAGACCUUGCAACGGCAGAAAGCAUACCCUCGAUUGACUGUGUGUCGACACUGGGGACAUUGUAAUCCCCCUAUUACGUGCAAGAUUCCUGCAAAAUUAUCAAAAUCUGUGUAAACUGCAUAGCUAUUCUCUCUUCCUCAAUCCAGCUCCACACGACUAGGUGGGGCUGGGUUUGAUUCUCAGCUUUCCUACUGGUUGAUUCACUGUGACCUUGGACCCGGCUGCCUUAUAACAUCUAGUGAAAACUUAAGAUCAUGGCUAGAUCAAGUAUAUAUUGUAUAUCCUGUAAAAUGUAUGCCAUUGUAUGUAAAGUAAUCAUUUAGGAGUGGCCCUCAAGAGAAAAUGUCAGCGAAUGGCAGUUGAGGGGUGUGGUUUAAACCCUUGCUCAUCAGUGGGAUGUGUCCCCUGUUAGAAAUAUUCUUCACAGCGCUCUAUAAACUGGUGUGAUCAGUUUUGUCCCAGUAUGGCAACUUUGUGCCCAACAGUCUGCGACCACUUCUUUAGAUGGCUUUGUAAUGAAAUCAUAAGCAGGUUGUAUGAGUAAGCAGUGUGUUCCAGUAUACAGUAGACGGCUUUCCCUACACAAGCAGGAUAGCGUUUACAAACUUGGCAAUUCCCAGCAGUAUGGAUCCCAUUCAUUAAUGCAUUUUUUAUGUGAUGCUUGAACCUCAGUGAACAUAAUCGAGGCUUUAAAAAAAUAAAUCUUCCAAGCCCCCAUUGCCAUGCUGUUAAUUCAGACUUUCCCCGAAUCUGAUAAAGCCCAAUUUCCUGCCCAACACUGGAAGUUGAUUUAAAAGCUUCCUCUGUGUUACAGGUAAUAGGAUCCCACCUCUUGACCCCAUGGUCCUAUUAAGUGUAGCACAUGCAGUGAACUAGUUGUGCCAUUGCUGGAUACAUAGGAGUGAAAUACAGUGACAUUUGUUUUUAUGAGGCAGUGGGUAGUGCAGCUGAUGCUUGUAAGUUAGACUCACCUGUGACAAUCAUGAAUAUCAGACGUAAGUUGCCAAAUUGGCACGCACUUCAGUGAAAUAAGUUGCUAACUUAGACAAUCCUUUUAUUAAAGGGAUGCUGCUGUACAUAGAUUUGAGAGGACCAAGCUGUUAGUUUGAAUGAAAAGUGGGGCUUGCAGCCAACUCCUCCCCCUCCAGAAAAAAACAAAACUACAUAUACUAUAAAUAAGAAAUACUUGAAAUGGCUAAUUUACUUGAAUGUAUACUUUGACAGUAAAAAUAUUAAUUGAAGAAAUGAACAUUGCUAAGAAGUGCUUAUCAUUCUGAAGUAUAAACAAUAGAGACACUAAGUGAUUUGUUUUACUUCUGUCCAAAAAUUACUAAUAUUUACUUUAAGUUACCGUUAUUCAUUCUUUUAAGCAGCUUCACGCGUUCAUUUUGUUUUCUUUGAGCAGAUAGGGGUUGUGUAACAAUACGCAGUACAGAGCAGACAGUACCAGUAAGUUAUAAAAGUGGAAGGAUGUUCAACCUCAGGGAUGGAAAUAAGACUCAAGUUGAACAGCAGUUUGAUCCAGUCCUGGUUUUGCUAUGAGUUUAAUAAGACACACCUGACCUUGCUACUCAUACACUGUGGCUAAUCAAGCUUGUAGUAAAACCUGGAAUGGGUAAAACUGCUGAGCAAUAGGAGUUUUAUUUCCAUUCCUGAACACUGAUAACAUGUAGAAGCUUAGGCUAUCUCAAAUAUAAAAUUGCAUUGAUAGUAACUAUAAUUGCAUCGAGACCCAUGCAAAAAAAAUGUAUUACACGGUUUUGACAUCAAAAAGUCACAUUACACCUGUUAUAAAAGAUUCCCAUUGUGUAAUAAAGCACAGUGCAAGUAUGGUAAAGCAGAGGUAAGCAUUGUAAAGAACAGCAAUGUAUGGUAAAGCACAGUAAUAAACAUGGCAAAGCAGGUAAACUACUGUAAAAAUGCUUAGCAUAGCCAUGGGAAAAGCAUUGUAAAACUGCAAACACACCACGAUAACUUUUAUAAGGGAUGGUCAAAGUCAUAUUAUACAGUUGUCUAGAUAUAGUGGAACAAUCUAAAAGUGUGUGAUGUAUAAAAACAAAAAAUGAGCUGAUAAAUUUCAAGCCAAUACAUUGUAUCUCUGGCUUUACUCUUGUAGUUUAUGAUCCCAGAACCCCUCAAUGCAAUUUAUUUGUUAGUACUUCCCUACAACCAUAUAUAUAUAUAUAUAUACAUAUGCUUUUACUCCAGGGUCCUGGGUUCAAUUCUGGCCUCAGGGGUAUGUCUGUGUGGAGUUCGCUUGGUUUUUCUCCGGGUACUCCGGUUUCCUCCCACAGUCCAAACACAUGCUGGCUAGGUGGAUUGGCCUCUCUAAAUUGCCCCUUAGUUGCCCUGCGAUGUCCAGGGUGUAGUCCUGCCUUGCGUCCUGUGUCUGCCGGGUUAGGCUCCGGCUCACCACGACCCUGUUAUCUAUAGAUAAUGGAUGGAUGGAUGGGUGGGUGGGUUGAUGGAUGGAUGGAUGGA